AUGCUCUGUCUCUCGGCUUCUACGCAAUUGAACGUGCAGACAACGGAAAACGACAUUAUAAGAAUAUGUGUUAAUGUAGUCGAACACUUAACCAAUGAAUUGCAAGUCGUGGAUACACCAAAAGAAAUUCAACCUCAAGAAUUAACAAAUCAUUGGGGGAAGCCCGACAUACUCAUUGGAGCAGACUAUUUCUUUAAGUUUAUCAGACUGCAAAAUGCACAAGAAUUGAGUUCAGGUCACAUGUUGGUACAAUUAAUGGUUGGUCCUAUGGUUGCCGGAAGUGGAGAUGUAAUUAAACUUUGCCAAAAUGGUAUUUCUUCACAAAAUUUGGUAUGCACCGCCAAGGCUACCAUUGAUUCAGAACUCGAAAACUUUUGGAGGUUAGAAUCAAUAGGAAUGCAAGAGUCUCCGAAUAGUAAUGAGGAUAAAGAAACUCUAAAACGCUUUCAAAGGACACUCAAGAAAAAAGAUGGUCGUUAUCAUGUCUGCUGGCCAUGGAGGGAUUCUAAGAAAAAUUUGAGCAACAACUAUGGUUUAUGUAUGGGACGUUUAAAGAAUUUAAUCAAAAAAUUGCAACUUAAAUCUCUUCUCCAGAUAUAUCAUAACACAAUCAUGGAACAAUUGCAAACAGGUAUGAUUGAAGAAAUUCCUCAUAACGACGAAAUAGGUGUCAUACAUUAUCUUCCACAUCACGAAGUGUGGAACCCUAAUAAAAAUACUACAAAAUUAAGAGUAGUGUAUGAUGCCUCGGCACAUCAAAAAGGUUAUAGAAGUCUCAACGAAGUUCUCCAAAGAGGUCCGGUAAUGUUACCUGAUCUUGUCGGCAUAUUAUUACGGUUUCGAAUGAUGAAAUUAGUCAUAAUUGCUGACAUAGAAAAGGCUUUCUUACAAAUAGGAUUACAUCCAGAGAAAAGAAAUUGUACAAAAUUUCUAUGGAUCAAGAACCUGGAUGAGGAAGUAUCAGAGAAGAAUAUCAAAUCCUACCGAUUUAAACGAGUACCAUUUGGAGUGAUAUCUUCACCUUCCCUAUUAACAGCAACUCUCAAAUAUCAUUUAGAUAAUACAGCAACUAGUUUGGCCUCAGAAAUAAAGAAGAACUUAUAUGUUGAUAACAUCAUUUUGAUUGCGGAUAACAUGGAAGAAGCGAUAUAUAAGUAUCACAAAACUAAAGAAAUUUUUAGAGAAGCAGCAAUGAACGUCAGAGAAUUUUUAUCCAAUGAUAAGGAAUUCAACAAACGA